GGGAGCGCGCUUGGUGCUGGCGGCGCGUGCCCGCCCUCACACGCACAAGAUGGCGAUGGGUGAUGGAGGGAGGGCCGCCGCCGCCCCCGCCCGAGUACAUGGCGCUCGGACAGCUGUGCUGGCACUGCCUGCUCGCCGGCGCCCUCGCCCUCGCCCUGCUGCUGCUGGCGGCCCCAGACAAUGUGAAUUCUCUGGAGCUAAGUUGCAGUGUUGGCCCUGUCGAGGUGAUACUGCAGCCCAACCAAACUGUGGUGUUGGAUUGCAACCUGCCUGCUGUUGAUCAGCCUGCUAAUACAACGUGGAAGGAAGAGGGAAUUCCUCUCGUGGAUCAAGAACAUCACCGUGUGAUUCCGAAUGGAUCAUUAUACAUCGCUGGAGUGUCAAGAUCGUUUACAGAUCAAGAUGGAGGCAGCAGUGAUAGGAGUUAUACCUGCAUGUCCGAAAAUUCCUUUGGAGCCGUAGUUAGUAGGACUGCAUUGAUCAGAUUCUCCACUUUGUCACAAUUUCAUCAGCAGCCACAGUCACAGAUUGUGGAGGAGAAUGGAACUGCCCGCUUUGAGUGUGGAAUUGAUGGACUCCCAUUUCCAGUUAUCACAUGGGAGAAGAAUCAGUCAACUCUUGCAGAUCACUUAAGGUAUAUAGUCCUCCCAAAUGGAAUUCUGCAAAUUGUAGAUGUGCAAGUAAGUGAUGCUGGAGUAUUCCGUUGUGCGGCCACAAAUGCAGCUCAGACACGCUACAGUCAGGAUGUCUCUCUCACUGUAUUACAAGGAUUUAAAUCUGUGCCUGGAAACGUGGUCAUCAUUGCUCAGCCAAAAAAUGUCACUGUUAUUGCUGGUCAAACAGCCAUCAUGGAAUGCAUGGCGUAUGCUGAUCCAACGCCAUUUGUCUCUUGGAUUCGGCAAGAUGGUAAACCAAUUGCUACUGAUGUCAUUGUGGUUGGAAGAACAAACCUUAUGAUUGCUCACACCCAACCGUAUCACUCUGGUGUGUAUGUCUGCCGUGCCAAUAAGCCACGAACCCGACAGUUUGCCACUGCUGCUGCUGAGUUGCGAGUGCUAGCCCCACCAAUGAUCACACAGUUUCCUGAGACAAUCUCCCGGAUCCGUGCAAGCACGGCUAGAUUUUUCUGCAAAGCCAAGGGGGAGCCUGCCCCGAGUAUUCGCUGGUUGAAAAACGGAAAAGACAUAUUGUCCAAUGGCCGAGUAAAAAUCCAGAGCAGUGGCAGUCUAGUAAUUAAUCAGAUUGGACUGGAAGACGCAGCUUACUACCAGUGCAUUGCAGGGAAUAGUCUUGGAAUGGCUUGCACUACAGCCAAAUUAACUGUGACAGUUCGAGAGGGCUUGCCCAGUGCUCCUAAAAGUGUGUAUGCCACUACAUUAUCAAGUACAUCAGUAUUAGUAUCCUGGGAGCGCCCAGAGUACAACAGUGAGCAGAUUAUUGGAUUCUCCCUUCACUAUCAAAAAGCUGUGGGUACAAACAACGUUGAAUACCAGUUUGCAGUAAAUAAUGACACCACCGAGCUUCAAGUGAAAGACUUGCAAGCGAACACUAGCUAUGCCUUUUAUGUUGUUGCUUACUCUCAACUUGGUGCCAGUAGGACCUCGUAUUCUGUUGUUGUAGAAACCAGGGAAGAUGUACCAAGUAGGGGCCCUCAGCCAUCCUUGUCCUUCACCACUCUCACUGACAUUCGGGUAACAUGGCUUCCACUUUCUCCUGAGCUCAGUCAUGGCAAAAUAACAAAGUACCGAAUCGAUUACUGCAUGUUGAAAGAAGAUCACAUUUAUUCAAUUGAAGUUGACGGGAAUGAGACACAGGUCACACUUCCUACAGUGCAAUCUAAGAAAAUAUACAAAGUUCGGAUUGCAGCAAGAACCAGUGUGGGAUAUGGUGCACCAUCAGAUUGGACCCAGCACAUCAUACCCGACAGAAAUAAACAAAUAAUGGUUCCAUUUGCUCCUACAGAAAUGAAGGUCAAGACUAAAGUAGACGCUCUGUUGGUCACAUGGCAACCACCCUCUAACCAUGUCCAGAUCCAGGGUUACAAGCUGUUUUACAGAGAGGCAGAUGCUGAUCCUUCGAGCAAAGAAUUAAGUGAAGCUAAUGAAGAUGAACAGUGGACAAAAGGACCAAUCCGCCUUCGAAGAAAAAUUAAACAAUAUGAGAUUACUGGAUUAGCAUCAGACAAACUUUAUGAAAUCAAGUUGAUCGCAUUUAACAAACAAGACGAUGGAUAUGCAGCUGUUUGGAAAGGAAAAACAGAGAAGCAACCUGUCCUAACCUUAGAUUCUCCUGUGAUAUUGCCGCCUCCAAUUCAACUUUGGGCGGAACCCAAUGGAUCCCGAGCAAUCUGGCUACAUUGGACCAGGUCACCAUUCACCACAGUCCAGAUUGCAAAUUAUACCGUACGCUGCAGCCCUUGGGGGAUCAAGAAUGCUUCUCUUGUGACUUACUUUACCAGCACUGUAGAAGACAUUAUCAUCAGUAGCCUGAAGCCAUACACCAGAUACGAAUUUGCAGUGCAGUCCAAUGGAUUUGAUGUUGAUGGGCCUUUCAGUGGCAUUGUGAAGGAAUCAACUCUGUCUGACAAACCUUCCAGCCCACCAUCGGAUUUGAAAUUAAAUCCAAUUAAUUCCUACUCGGUCAGAGUUCGAUGGCAACCUCCAGCUGAACCAAACGGCAUUAUAAUUGAAUACAUUAUUUUGUACAAUGCAAACUACACACAGUCAGAUGAACUCUGGAAUUCAUUGUCCAAGGAAGGGCACAUUUUCAGCACUGAUGUGCGGGGACUGGAAAGUGACACUCGGUACUUCUUCAAGAUGGGUGCAAAGACAGUUGUGGGAAGAGGACCAUAUUCCACGACAAAAGAUGUGCAAACUCUGGCAAAACGAAUAUUAGGACUGCAUGAUCUCCUUGAUGUACAUUCUGUAACAGGCAUCAUUGUAGGUGUCUGUCUUGGGCUGCUUUGCAUUCUCUUCUGCAUCUGUGCCAGUUUCUGGAACAAUAAGCGAAGAGAGCCAGGUCCUGAUUCUCACCAGACAACUGAGCAGUCCCACUCUCGCAGGGCAAGGAACGCAUCAUCAGCUCACAAUGCUGCCCUUCCUCAUGCUCAUGAGCUUGAAACACUAAUGUCUACUCUUGGUGAAGAUCUAUCACUGCCACUUACUGAGAUAACUGAACUCACUGACGUGCAAAUCUUUAUGAAUUCCAGCCUUCCAGAUGAUGACAUUCAGAUUAAAUUAAAGCCUGCCUGGAAUGGUUCUGUUCAUCAUCAAUGGGCAAAAGAUCCGAUUUGCUACAGCAGUGCAGUCCAUCAAGAUUCUACUCGCAAGGCUAGUGAAACACUGCGCUUUGAGCCAGGUCCCAGUGAAGGUGAUCUACGUGGAAAUAUUGUUUUUGACAGUUUUACGGGUUCAGCAAAGAAAGAAAAUCAUCAUUCAGGCCUGAAUCAAGUUGAAGCUGAAGUUAUUGUUCAUUCUGAGUUAUCAGCGUCAGAAAGAAAUUCUGUUCUUGAGAACCACGGUUCACAAGGUAAUGAAGGUCUUCUGACGAAGUCCUUCACUUCAGAAUCCAUAGAAGACCUUCCCAGUGAGGAUAUUAUGUUACCUGGUGAGGACUGGAAGACUAAGGAAAAUCUUGAGAUUGAGUGCACUGCUGAAAUACCAGCAAAAGCCCAGAAAGAAGAUUAUCAGACCAAGUUUACCCUCGCUUUGCCUGCGGCAGAGAGUCGACCUGUGGAGGUUUGCGAGAAUUCUUUGUCUCCUGUUGGAAAUGGAGUAAAGAACUGCAUCGAUGCAGAAAAUCUCAAAGAUGUCAAAGUAGACAAUUCAUCACUACAUUCUAAAACUCAAAGCAAAUUGAAGAUCGUUGAUUGCCACGGACUCAGCAAUGGUUUUCAGAGCAGUGAGGGUUGGCAAAGCUCAGUCAAUGGUUUAACGUUAACAAACAGAAACUCUGAAUCGCCAUGUCUAAAAAGUGCAGAGAGCCUCCCUGGGAGAAGUCAGUCUUUGGCUACAGGCGAGGAGGUCUCUGCUUGUCAUUUCAUUGCCUCCAGUAUCACUACUACCUCAACAUCUGAGAAAGACUUGUGUCCAUAAUCAUUAACACACUCCCGACUUUGCCAAAUACUGGGGUGAAUCCUGCAAUUACACACUCUGCGAGUGCCUAUUACCACAUCCACCAAGGAUCCUUGCACAGCACUGGGUCAUGAAAGAACCUGGGACCACUUACCAGGUUCCUGUACCUUGUAUUUUAGAUACAUGCUCCUCUGUGAUGGAAUGAUCUAAUUUUAUUUUCUGAGAGGAAUUUUGCUUAUUUAAUAUGAUAAAGUAAAAUUGUAUGUUUUAGUGUAGCAUUUAUAAUACUUCCACCUUCCUUCAAUACAACAGAACUACCUCAAGUCUGUUUAAAAUAUUGAGUGGUAUUGUACUCCAUUAGUUUUGUCGCUUGUUUCUAUAGAUGUUUUAUUUUCAUUUUCUUUGCACAGGUUUUGUUCCAACUGGAAAUUACUUAAGCAACUGUGCUGAUGAAAUGCUAUAAUGAAAUUAACUUUAAGAAACAGAUGCAUCUGUCCACCAUUUCAACCAUACCCCCACUGCAUCUGUCCACCUUUUCAACCAUACCCCACUGCAUCUGUCAGACACAAGAUCCAUCAGAUCACAAUCACAAUAAUACUUUAUUAACCAAGUAUGUUUUGCAAUAUACGAGGAAUUUAAUUUGCCAAGUCAGUCAUACAAAUAAAAAACAACGGAACACACAAAACACAUUUUAACAAAAACAUCCAUCACAGUGACUCCUCCACAUUCCUCACUGUGAUGGAAGGUGAAUAAAAGUUCAAUUGUUGUCGGGUAACUUUGAGAGAGGUUUUAGAUGUAUACAUUGCGAAUGGAAAAUAACUAUUUUUCUUAUGGAAAGUGUGCCAAAUUGCAAGAUGUUUGUACAUUAUCAUUCUGUCAGAUUACUGAUUUGGCUCGAAGGUGUGUUUGUAACUUCUGAAUCUGUGACGUGUGAAAGAGUCAUUUCUUCUGGGUUGCUCCUCAUCUUCCACAGGUUUGUGGGAAAAUACAAGGAGACAUUGAAAUGGGUUUACACCACGGGCGAGGUGGAUGAUGAGGAGAAACCAAUGAAGGAAUUCACGAUGCUGAUCUGUAACUUGUAAUGGAAAAUAAUUACAUGUGGGGGGGGGGGGGGGGGGGGGGGGGGGGAGAGGAGUGUACUGUGAACGAUGGCAAUUUCAAUUUGAAACUCAAGCCUUACUUUGAACCCACCACCAUCCCCUAACUAUAAAAUGAAGAUUAAGCCUUAUGAAGACCCAAUGCCACAUGUUAUGUGCAAUUGAAAACACUUCAUCACCGCUUCAAAUUUAUAUUUUAUUACAAAAAAAUUGCAUAGUCUUGAUUUGUGUUUACAAGUUUGAGAUUGAAGACUGGUAAAAUAAUGCACAUUUAUGACUUGUUAAAGUGCAUCAACUACUGUUUCACAAUUUUAGGAAUGCUGUACAUAACUAACAGUUUUACUGUGUACAUAUUCUCUAUUGAACAUCUGUCAUAUAUAGAGCAAGUUUCUUGUGUGAAGCACACCUUUCCAUUUAUUGCACUGUUCUAUAAUAGAGCAGUAUACUUUGACUCAAUAGAGCAGCAUUGUAGAACAUCUAAUUUAAUUAAAAUCUAUCUACACAGCUUAAUAUCCAUUAUUAUUUCAGGAUAGAUUAUGGCACAUGUCACUUCUAGGUCAAUCAUCUCUUGUCUUGAAAUUGCCGGUAAUUUGUCAUCUUGCAAAACUGCCUAUUUAAAAUCCAUCAGCAGUCUAAUGUACUUGAUCAUUUACUCUCUUGUGGACAACAUCUUAUUUUAUCUCUGUUCAGGAUCUGUUUUGAAAAGUACAGAGACAUUAUGAGGCUUGGCACAAGAGGUGUAUUGAUUAUCCAGGAUUGACAGAUUAGACUCUCUGCAUUGAAUAUUGAUAACAGCAACUGUAUUGACCUGCAUAAUGGUGUUCAUGUUCGCAAAUAACCUGAUCACUUAUUGUUGAAUUCUUACAAGAUAUUCCAUUUUGCAAAAGGUCUUGUGGAGCAAUCUGUGACACCACGUUUUUCAUGGAGUUUGCCACUCUGUACAAUUGCACGUUCCCUUAUAGAUGAUGGUUAUUAAAUGAGCAUUUCCAAUAAAUAAUACAACUGAGAUACUUCA